AUGUCUUUGGCUGCGCUGCGGGCGGUGCUUCGUGUGGCCCACCGGGGGAGCAAGGCUCCCAGCCAGCUGGCGCCGCUGCUGAAUCGGGCAGCGAGGCUUUGGGAUCCGCAGGCUCACCGAGUGGUGCCCCACCCACUGGGUAACUUUGUUUGGUGUGAUGAGCUGCUGCGAAGCUGCGGCAAUGGCACGGAGUACGCUCUGCCGGUGGCUGACCGCAGAGCUGUAAGGGCUGUCCGGAAACACUGGCAUCUUUGCCAAAGCCUGGGCAUCCCUUACAUGCCGCAGGCCGAGGAGGCCCUCAAGCGCUUCCAGAAGGCUACAGAGAUGGGGGAGCUCUUGAGGUGCCAUGAAGUUCCUGAGCUACCUGCAACCAGAUGGCGUUUGACCUGGUGUGCUCCAAGUGAAGAGCAUCAGGUGGAGGUUGGUGAUUUGCUCAUCACGCAUCCUUUGUCGGGGCUCUUCCAGGACGCGUUUGACCAGGGAGUGCUCUUGGUGGUGAAAGUCAACCAGGAAGCCAAGUUGAUCCAGGCCUUGGUGCUCAACAAGGAGAGGCACUCACUACCAUAUACCUUUGAAGUCAGGGUCCAUGCCAUGAACGGACAAAGCUUCCAGUUCUUUAUGGACAAGUUUGCCAUGAUUGGUGAUGUGAAGCAGAGGCUGAGUGCGCAGUUGGUUCGGAAGUUUCACGAAAUGAAGCUGGUCUACGAUUCCAACGAGCCUGACAUGUUUGACAAGGUCAGCAAUUACCGAAAUAGCCGAGGUGUUGUUGAGCUCACCCUUGUCAUGAACCGCAUUUGCAGGUGGUGCAAUGUGCCCCUCAAUGAGAACGAGCUCGGUGAUUUUUGUGGAACACCCUGCUAUGCCAUCAUGCAGCGUGAGCUGCAAGAUCCCGAAAGUUUGUUCGUGCUCUUCGGUGUGAGCGCCGACAUCGGCUUGAGUACUUCACUGCACUACGCAGAGCCUUGGGAGCACCAAGCCUACUGA